GAGACGAUCUCCGUGCUCCGGGCUUGCUGACGUGCGUCGGUCCCGUCACGUGACCCUGAGGAAUGUGAACAAUGCAGCGAGUGUCCAACUUUGUGCUGCAUUUCUUCUUCUUCGUCUUCUUCGUCUUCUUCUGCCGCCGCCGCCGCCGCUGUCCGGAGCCCGGGGAGAAAAUGGAGGCUCGCUUCAUCACAUCCACACGGCUCGUCCUCCUCCUCUGAGCCGCCGGAGUGUCGACUCGCCCGCCGCGCGCGGCUCCGGAGAACCGGGGACUUUUUUUUUUUUUUUUUCUAUCCCCCUUUUUCAUCGGCGAAGUCGCCGGAUUCUCUUCUCCUCUCUUCUGCCUCCGCGGCCACCACAGAGAAGAAGGAAGGAAGGAAGGGGAAAACAACAACCUGGCGUUCUCCUCGCUGCUCCCCGAUCACAUGGCGCAGAUUGGCAGCAUCAUGGUUUGGCUCCGCGGUGCCCUCGUGACCGGCUGCAUUUCCUGGAAUAAGCUGGAACCUGAGCCUUGAAAGCCACACCAUGGAAUGCCUGUAGUAUCCCCACAUCACGCAGGAAUCGGGGACACAAAGAGAGAGAGAGACGCAAACAAAAAUAUAAGGGACGCCACAGGAGUGCCUCCCAGAUCUGUGCGGGACACUUUUUAUAAAAUCUAUUUAGGUCAGCUUGAAAGGGAUCCUCGGAGGGUGUCGGGGAGCGAGUGUCAAGCAGUUUGUGUAUGUGUGUGCGCGCGCGCGUGUUUUUAGAGUAGGUGCCUGUGCCGUGGCACUGAGAGGCCAUGAGGCCAAAGACUUUCCCCGCCGCCCCGUACGUGGGCAACACGCGCCAGCGGCUGCAGGAGAUCAAGGAGGGCCUGAAGCAGCCGGCCAAGCUGGUGAGCCAGGCGCUGCACGGGGGCAGCUCCCGCAGCGAUGGCGGCCGAGGGGCCGACUGCAAGAGCGGCAAGGACGCGGCCAGCCGGCAGCAGCAGCUGCGGCCGCCGCAGAAGUUCAACAACUACCAGAACGCCCUGCGGGAGAUCCGCAAGUCGCUCAUGCCCUUCGCCAACGAGUCGGGCCCGUCGUCCGGGUCGGGGCACCCCGCCGGCGCCGGGGAGGUGAACCGGCAGAUGCUGCAGGAGCUGGUCAACGCCGGCUGCGACCAGGAGAUGGCGGUUCGGGCGCUGAAGCAGACAGGGAGCAGGAACAUCGAAGCAGCCCUGGAGUACAUCAGCAAAAUGGGCUACCUCGACCCUCGCAACGAGCUCAUCGUCCGUGUCAUCAAGCAGACUUCACCAGGAAAAGCUGGCAUGCCAAACACAAUGGACCACCGGCCUUCGCUGGAGUCUUCAGGUGAGGCAGGUGCGAUGCCUCCGUACCAUCAGAUGGGGGCCCCCAUGUACGAGGGGGCGGGGGGAUACGGCCCCGAGGGCGAGAUGCCCCGACAAUAUAUGAGUGCCCCCCCUGUCAUGAACUACAUGAUGCCCCCAACCGGUGCAGCACAGGGCCCUGCCAUGGGAAACCCGAUGGGUCGACCUCCCAGCAUGGGCUCCUAUCCACCUGUGAUGGCCGCCCAGAGCAACCCAGCCAACACCAUGUAUCCUCCGGGGGCCCAGCAGAAGGGCUACCCCGGUAGCAUGGAGCAGCACGGGCCCAUGAUGAGCUACAAUGUCCCCGGUCAACCUCUGCAGCUCCAGCCCCAGCCACCAGGGGGCCCGGUCCCAGGUCCCCACUACGACUAUGGUCACGCCAGGCCACAUAUGAUGGAGCCUGCGAGCUACGGUGUCAAGAGGACGCCCUCCUUCCAGAACAAGAUGGCACCGCCCCCCAUGGCGCCCCAGGACAACUACGUCAACAUGCAGGGGAAAGGGGCCAUGGGUCAGAACGGACCCGGAGGAGGAGGAGGGGGAGGGUACCCCGCCAACCUAUACCUGCCCCCUCACUCCCACCCCCGGCAGGCCAGCCCCACCUCCCACCAGGGCCACAUGAUGUCCCGUUCCCCGGGUGGGGUGGGCUCCAUGGGCCCCGACUUCUCCGACCUGCCGCAGAGCCUGAUGACGCCGUCCAGGGCCAGCCUUAACCUGGACCUGUACGAGCACCACUGGGCGGGGCCUCCAGGCCCAGAAGGGGCCCCGCCAGCCAGGCAACCCCAGCCCCAGGGCCCGUUCAGGGGGGAGGUGCGUGUCCCCAGCAGAACCAACUCCUUCAACAGUCGCUCCGCGGGACCCAGCGGCGUCCGGCCUGCGAUGGCUGCACCUUCUUCUGUCGGAAAACAGGAGUCGUCCCUGGGGCCCCCGAACACCAUCACGGCCGUGACGUCCCCGCCCAUUCAACAGCCGGUCAAGAGCAUCCGCGUGAUGAGGCCAGAGCCCAAGACGGCCGUGGGGCCGUGUCACCCGGGCUGGAUGACCGCUCAGGGCCAGGACGCAGGAGAACCUCUGGCCUACAUGCCAGAGGAAACGUACCCGCUCGAGCCUGCGCAGGAGCCGCGCUGCCCGCCGCCGCCUUACCCCAAGAGUCUGCUCAUGUCGGGAACAGCCGGCGAGGAAGGACCCGGAGCCAUGUGCGGAGCCCAGGACCUUGGCAGCCCCGCCGCCAGGAGCAGCGGAGGGAGCGGCAAGGGCGAGGACGGCCAGCAGGUGAAAGAGAAGACAAAGCUGGGCAAGGGAGAGAAACCGGUGAAGGACAAGAAGCAGAUCCAGACGUCGCCCGUUCCCGUGAGGAAGAACGGACGCGACGAGGAGAAGCGGGAGUCGCGAAUCAAGACCUACUCGCCGUUCGCGUUCAAGUUUUACAUGGAGCAGCACAUAGAGAACGUGAUGAAGACCCACCAGCAGAAGCUCAACCGCCGGCUGCAGCUGGAGCAGGAGAUGUCCAAGGCUGGUCUGUCGGAGGCGGAGCAGGAGCAGAUGAGGAAGAUGCUGAACCAGAAGGAGUCCAACUACAACCGACUGCGCCGCGCCAAAAUGGACAAGUCCAUGUUCGUCAAAAUCAAGACGCUGGGCAUCGGUGCCUUCGGCGAAGUGUGUCUGACGCGCAAGGUGGACACGGGCGCGCUGUACGCCAUGAAGACGCUCCGCAAGAAAGACGUCCUCAACCGCAACCAGGUGGCUCACGUGAAGGCGGAGCGCGACAUCCUGGCGGAGGCGGACAACGAGUGGGUGGUGCGCCUCUACUACUCCUUCCAGGACCGCGACAGCCUCUACUUCGUCAUGGACUACAUCCCCGGCGGCGACAUGAUGAGCCUGCUCAUCCGCAUGGGUGUCUUCCCCGAGCCGCUGGCGCGCUUCUACGUGGCGGAGCUGACGCUGGCCAUCGAGAGCGUCCACAAGAUGGGCUUCAUCCACCGCGACAUCAAGCCUGACAACAUCCUCAUCGACUUGGACGGACACAUCAAGCUGACGGACUUUGGCCUGUGCACGGGCUUCCGCUGGACGCACAACUCCAAGUACUACCAGAAAGGAAGUCACGUCCGACAGGACAGCAUGGAGCCCAGCGAUUUCUGGGACGACGUGUCCAACUGUCGCUGUGGCGACCGGCUGAUGACGCUGGAGCAGCGUGCCAACCGGCAGCACCAGCGCUGCCUGGCCCACUCCCUGGUGGGAACGCCAAACUACAUCGCGCCUGAGGUGCUGCUGCGCAAAGGUUACACCCAGCUGUGCGACUGGUGGAGCGUCGGAGUGAUCCUGUUCGAGAUGCUGGUGGGUCAGCCGCCCUUCCUGGCUGCCACGCCCACCGAGACCCAGAUCAAGGUCAUCAACUGGGAGCGCACGCUGCAGGUGCCGGCGCAGGUCAAGCUGAGCCCCGAGUCCGUCGACAUCAUUGCUCGCCUCUGCUGCUCGGCGGAGGAGCGGCUCGGCGCCAAUGGCGCCGGCGAGAUCAAGGCCCACCCGUUCUUCUCCCCGACGGACUUCUCCAGCAACCUGCGGCAGCAGCCGGCGCCCUACCAGCCCAAGAUCGCCCACCCGAUGGACACGUCCAACUUCGACCCCGUGGAGGAGGAGGGCGGCCCCGGCGCGUGGAGCGACAGCGGCGACAGCACGCGGGCACUGGACAUUCUCUGCUCGCCGCACGGCAAGCACCCGGAGCACGCCUUCUACGAGUUCACCUUCCGCAGGUUCUUCGACGACAACGGCUGCCCCUUCCGCUACCCCAAACCCCCCGAGGCCAGCAUGAUGCCGUCGGGCGUCGCCGGAGCCGGCGGCCGUGGCCCGGAGGAGGAGGAGGAACAAGAGGAUGACGAGGACGACGACGACGACGAAGAGGACGAUGAGGAGGAGGAGGGAGAGCAGGGGGAGGGAUGUGAGCCAGUGUACGUCUAGAGCUGCAGACUGAUACUUUCCCCUGAGCAGCGCGGGGGGGGGGGCGGGUUCUCUUACGUGACUCACCCCUCUCACUCACCACUGACUCUUCCUCUGUGUAUGCGUCUGUGUGUGUUAAUGCAUAUCUGACAUGUUGAGUUCCAGGAGCAGGUUUUUUGACGAACGUCGCCACCUGGUGGAAUCUACGAGCGCGUCAAAUACACAAAAAAAACUCCCCCUGACCCGGGACCAAGAAAACGAAACAUUCAGCGUGUGACCGACAGCAGAGCUCAGAACUCAGAGACCGUUGAGGUUUGCGAGGAGAACCUCGGGAACGUAGAGGAUGACUGGAUCUAUCGGUUCUGGUCAGAGGAACCGCUGCUGGUUCGUCUUCUCCCCCAUUCCUUCCACCCCUUGGUCUUACGGACGAUUGGAGAGGAAAAACAAAACACCUCGACGGUGAUCGUCUGACACGGGGAGUUCACUUCCUGUUCCACCUGAGCUGCUUUUUUUACGGCAAUGUGAAGAGCGGAACUAGUUUACCUGUUGAUCGUGCACGGGGAAGGGGAAGGGGGCAGUGGGGGGAAAGUGGGUGGGGUCAGCCACAUGCCUCUUUCACAGCUGCUGCAAAAUAAGCUACAAAGACACACGCAUGCAAACACACACACACACACACUUAUUCAGUUCAGCUCUCGCUCAUGGAUGAUUCCUCUGAUUUUCAGAGAAUUUAUCCGUUUGGCAUCAUCCAGUUGUUCAGAAUUCAUAUAUUUUCUGGUCUUCGGUUUAAAUUUCAACACUUGUGACAAAUGAACCAAAGCAAAAUGUUUUUUUUGGGUUGUUACAUCCACAGCUGCCUCAUUUUGUGCCAACUGUAGUUCAAGUUUAACGUUUGUCUCCCCCUCGAGAGUUUUGGUUGUUACAAAUAAUCCUUUUUGUGUCUGGUAAAAAAAGAAAAAGAAAAAGCUUCCCCUUACAGAUUCUCUGUUUUCUGAACCGACCAUUUCAAAUGUUUACCUCCAAAACAAAAUCCUCAACCUACACGGGAAGAUGCAAAGAGAGAGUGUGUAGAGAGUUUGGCUUCGGGCCAGAUUUUUAGUUUUUUCGUCCGAUUUACCAAGACUGAUCCAGAACUCUUCAAAACCAGAACAUUUCACCGUAAAAGCCUCACGUGCAGUUCAUUUUUUGCUCGUUAAAUUACAAGAAGAUCGGAUGAGAAAUUGUUUUUGGAUAAUGAUGAUACGUCUUCAUUUGUUAGCACAGCACAGAGUUUCUCCUGGAGGAAACCACCAGGUCGAGUGGAGCUGUGUUGUUACACACACACACACACACACACACACACACACACACACACACACACACACUGACAAAGAUGCACGAUUUCACAGCUUUGGCCUCCUCUGUCCUCCAGAGGCAUCACAACAACAACAACAACACAAAGCAACAUGUUUCUUACAACAGCCAAACACGUGACUAUGUUUGACUAUGUGCAAUACGUAAAAAAAAAAAAAGACAUUAUAUAUAGUUUUCUAAACACUUAAUAUCUUUUUGAGCUUUUUAGUACUGAAAUGUACAAAUAUAUUGGUUUAUAUAUAUUUUUCUUUUUCUUUUCUUUCAGUUACAUCAUGCUGCUUAUUAAUGUGGUUAAUAUUAUUUACAUUAUUAUUAUUAUUAUUAUUAUUAUUAUUACAUGUGUACCUGUUUUUUUGGCUUAAAGAAGUGUUACGGUUGAAUUUGCCGCGUGUGCUUUGGGUUUUGAACGCAACGAGCUUUGCCUUCCUCAAUGAAUGUUGGAGUGUGUGUCGCGCUCGGCGCCAAAAGGCGAAGAUGACGACGGCGACGAUGAUCAGUGUUUUGCGGAACCUCGUCGGCAGGCGCUUCGCCUCGUGCGGCCGGGCUGGUCCCGAACGCAGGAGGGGGAAGACUGUGUCAACAGGUUCUUUUUUAAUGGGUCAGAAAGAAGAAGAGUAGAUAGAAGUUAGAGGAGGAAGAGGAGUGAGGCAAUGUAAAAAAGAGAGAGAAUAAAUGGCGGGAUUUUUUUUACGAACAAACGGUUAAAACUUCAAUAAAAGAGUUGGUGUUUGGUACAUUUUUUUUUUCUUUUUAUUUAUCCAAAAUGACCACAAGCUUUUUGAGUUGUUAUUUAACUUUUUACUCACAGAACUAAGCGACGACGACGUCACGCUGCAGCAGCUUCACGCUAAUCGACAAUCAGUGACCGUUCGUUAACACCCGGCCCGUUUCCAUCAGUAUUGAGAAUUUGACUUGUAACGACAGCGAAUGCGGAAAAAGAAGUGAGUGAUGACAAAUGUGUGGAUAAGAAUUUGUUACAUUUGUAAUUAUUAUUAUUUUUGCUUGACAAUGUAUUUGCUUUUUUUCUGUCAACUUGUGUUCUGAAAGUGAGCAGCACAAUCUUUAAAAAGAUUUAACUUCUCUAUGAUCAUCUCCUGUUUUCUCACAGACCUGUUUAUUAUGACUCUGGAUGUGGAGAAACUGACGGAGCACGUUCGUUCACACUGGCUCUGUUUACACGCACCAACAUUAUUGUUCUUGAACCUUCUACAUACACACACAAAAACCUAUACAACACACUAGAGGAAAGGGAAAAGCUGAAGAAGCGUAAUAUGGCUCCUUUAAGGGAAGAGAGGUUUAAAUCCACGCACCUUAUUCGGAUAUUGGAGUGUUCAAAAAUUGUAACUAAACAUCACAGAGUGAAUUAUUUUUAUUUUUUUAUUUUUCAAAGGCAACACCGUUGAGCAAACUGAAGCAGGGCAGCCGUUGCUCUCCCUCGCUUUCUUCUCCAUCCAUUUUGUUUUUUAUUUCCUUUCCUCUGCCAUCAGGUCCACACGUCUGACCAAGACGUUUCCUUUCCUACUUCUCCAAAACCUCUCGUCGACCAGGACGAACUCCUGCGUGAAAAACAAAUAGCUUUAUACCGAGAGUGUGUGUGUGAGUGUGUGCGAGUGCCACAGAGUCUGUGAGCUCUUUUUGUUUUGUUAUUGUGUGAUGACUGACAAUCUUUCAACCGACUUGAUUCGACUUCCUCACGAGACUUAACUUGUGUAUCCUUUUUUUCUUCUUCUUCAUUUUGUAUUUCUACUCUAAGGAGCCUGUCCGCUCGCCUCCGACGCUUCUCAAUGUAUGAUACAACUCUGUUACUCUUGAAUUUAUAUUUAUACAGAUAUACAUAUUUUUUUGUAUCUUCCCCCCCUCCCCCAUUGUGCUAAUGUUCAAACACCCGUGUGUCCACACAGUAUUAUAGAUGACGUCAUCAUGUGGACGGCUCUCUCCUUUUUUACAUUCAUGUAUGAACUCAGAGUUUGUAAAAAUGCUUUUCACAGUCCUCGUGUGUAAAAUGUAUGUAUAAAUUAAAUUAACCAACUUGGAA